AUUACAAAGAGUUCAAAAUGGCGGCUGUAGAUGUAUCAGUGUACAAGAAAAGUAUGGGAAGUACACAGUUGUACAAGGAGGCCCUGGAACAAACAGCAAGUUUCAACACACGUAUGGCCAUGGAGCUCAAAAUGAGAUUACCAUUCCUAGAUUCACAGACUGGCUUGGCACAGAAUCACAGCAACCUGUGGCAUCCUUAUAUGAACAGACAACCAGGCAAUAUAUAUGGUCAAAUCUACUCAUAUCCUGCCAAGCGAUGGAAAAAGAAAAAACGCUCAUUCUUUGCUGCUGAGGUUCGUCUAGCACGUGCAGGGGACAUUGAGAUGGGAGAAGCAGCAGUCAACCAAAAUAAGUCCACGAUCCAAGUAAUAAAAAAAGACAUGCAUCAAAUAAGUGCAGUGGAGAACCCUGCCCACAGGGGAAAAGAAGAUGAGGAUGUACUGGAACAGAAGGCUGAGUCCCAGGACCGUUGGUUUGAGGACUUUGAUAUGCUCAGUGAUCCCCCAGAUGCUGGGGAGAUGGUUGAUGAUCAGUCAGAUAUCAGUGAUUAUGAAGAUACAAUUAAGAAAAAGAAGAAAAAGGGACCAGGACGAGGAAGGAGGAAGAAUGUAGACAAAGAUUUGAUGCCAGAGGAAAAAGAUAAACCCUAUGUUUGUGAAGCAUGCGGUGCCCGCUACAAGACCCGGCCUGGUCUGGCAUAUCACUACACCCACUUCCACAACGGCAUGAUUGACGAAGACUCCAACACACAAUCUCCCAAACCUCAGACUCGUUCCAAUGGUAGCAAGUGUAAAAAUGCUGAUGGGAAGGCAACUGCUAAUAACUAUUGUGACUUCUGCUUGGGAGAUGCUGCAGACAACAGGAAGACAAAACUACCCGAGGAGCUGGUGUCUUGCAGCGAUUGUGGCCGUUCAGGUCACCCAACAUGUCUCCAGUUCACAGCCAACAUGAUCAUAUCAGUGAAGAAGUACCCCUGGCAGUGUAUAGAGUGCAAGUCAUGUGGACUGUGUGGGACCUCUGAUAAUGAUGAUCAGUUGUUAUUUUGUGACGACUGUGACCGAGGCUACCACAUGUACUGUCUCACACCACCUCUCACUGAACCUCCCGAGGGUAAUUGGAGCUGUCACUUGUGUAUUGAAGAGUUCCACGGGGGUAAGAAGCCUGCUGGCAUGCAGUGAGGACCACACCUCGGUUGUUCUCAGGGCUGACAGUGGGACUUCACAGUGGGAACUUAGCAUUUAUCAUAUCGGGUCAAGAUCUCUCAUGCACAAGAAACAUGCAUCAAUGCAUUCGAGCUUAGCUUUGUGCAGAUGUUACACGUGUAGAAACUGCUAUCACUGUCAUCUCAAAACCUUUACAAUAAGAAGGAAGUUGAUAUCCAGUCAAGCAUAGGUGGUACUCGGGUGUCAUGGCAUAACAACACAGUAGGGUACCGCAGUACUCAUUUACCAAGAUCCAUACACAGGAGUUGCACCGUAACUGUCCAAACUGUGAUGAUCAAAAUGAUUCAUAACUGCGUGGUGCCCUCGUGGCAGGAUUGUGUCUGAUUGAUGUAUUCUGAUACAUUCAAAAUUGCUGCUGUAUCAUUUCAACCCAGGAUGGCAUCAUCACAGAUACAUCGUUGCCAUCUACAACAUCACAAAGAGAUUUGCCAGACACCCUGGGGUAUCAUAGUGGCAAAGCAUUCCCAUCUAAAUGUCGAACCAACUUGUACAUUAUCUUGUUCAUAUUCUCUUUCUUUUGUCUAUAGACUGUAUAGUGCCUUUAAUGCUUGUGUUAUUCAGGAAUUGUUCUUGGUAUUGUCCUUUUCCUCUUCCUUACCAUAAUAGGCAGUCACAUGGUGACUAGUGCCAGGAUAAUGUACCGAUGACUCUGAAUAAUGUAAGGAACCAUAUGAUCAGUGUUACAAAUGGUAUUUUAAUGUUUCUGCACUUUUUCAUGAAAACAAGAGAGCACAUAUAUUUUGAAACUGUGGUCACGGAACUGUGUUCCACUUUGAAGUGGAAAUUGCAAUGAGCUACUCAUAAAAGGUGUUUACAAAACAGUUGCCGGUGAACUUUUAUCUGAAAAUGAUGGUAUUGUCAUCAGUGAUCCAUGUAAUAAUGUUUGUCAUUUUUAGUAUUGUUUAGUAGCACCUGACUAAAAUGAUUUCAAAAUCAUCACCUACAAACAUGUCAAAAGCAGCUUUUUCUAUAAGGACUUCAACUGAUAACUGCUGAUGAACACUGAUGAAAUCUUUCUGAUUUUGUCUUAUCACCAGUACUUAAUUUGGCAUGAAAUGAGAAAGUGUUGACACAAGACUGUCUCUGUGAGGGAAUAUUCUACUCUGUAGACAUACUGUAUGGUGGAGCUAUCAGUCAACUUGGUGUAUGAUAUAUUCGAGUAGAAAUACUUUUGUUACUUUGACAUUUUGCUGUUCACAUAAGGGAUGAAUAUAUAACCAAUGGUGGGGCUUGGAAUUGAGCACUUGUGGUUCAUUUCAUUGUUUGUCAUUGCCAUUCAAUCAUUUAUUCAGUAUUCAGGUCUCCCGCCCAAGUAAAGUAACACAGUGAAAGUGUUUUCAACAUGCGUACAACAGCAAAUAUUUACUAUUGUGAAGAUGAUAGAUUAAUGACACAGUUGACUGUACCUAAAAAGAGCCACUGUCAUGAAGAGAUGUAGUUGGGGAUCAUUUGUGCAAUAUUUUAUGAUUUGCAAAGAUCUAAUAGAUUAUUUUUAUACAAAUGACAAGAAUUCAGUAAUGCAACGAUGAGAUUAAAUCAAAAUAGGAUUUGUUGUUCAGAUUGUGCCCUCUGGAUAUUUUUGAAAGAUUUAUGUAGUCUUUAUAGUGCCUGGUUAUGUUUAACACCUGAUCUGUACAGCAAACUUUGGCUCAACAAAGAAAAUGCCUCUCCAAGGAAAAAUGAGAUAACAGUAUUGUUAGAAAGACCCCAGUGAAAAGAGAAGUUUAGCUGUUGCUGGAAAAUGACUUGUUCGAAUUUAAUGUUGAUUUGUUUUGUAUACCAUUGUGGUUUGUUUUCAAUGGUUUACAGUUUACAGAAUUUAGGCUUACUAAUUCAGGUAGGUAGGUUGAAAAAAUUAAAUUAUCUUGAUUCCAAUUUUCAAAUGUUUUUAUGCUUCUUUCAGUUUGUUAUAGUAUAUCCUUGUCAGUAUUCUAAUUAAUUGGAUCCACACUUUUUGUUCAAUAAUGAUACAUUUCACAAAGGUCCAGUGCACUGUAUUCCUUCCCCUUGCCUGUAUCUUCUGAUUGUAGCUUCAAAUUCUGAUUUAAUGAGCCUUGGUCUACCUGCACUACACCUCUGUGCUUGGACAGAUUUGAUAACCUCUACGACUUCCACCACGUAAGGCUCAUCACAAACAUAUUUCACUGUGGUGUGAAAUAUCAUUCAAAAGUAGCAGUAUACCAGUUCAUUGUUUGCUUUGUAUAGAAAGGGCUAAUGGACAUUGAAUUUGUCCAAGUUCAAUGGGAGACCCUCCUAUGACACAUUAUCAAUUUGAUUUAAACUUCACACGUGUUCAUUGUAGGAGACUUUACCAAACAGGGUUUUUUUAGUCCUUGUAAAUAUGCUUUUAUGAAGCGCAUUCUGAACUUUCCAUGCUAUUUGAAUCUCUGAUUCAGAGGUAAAUUUAGUAUCCAGAAUUUUGAAUCUUAACUCUUCAUAAGAUUCUUUGCAUGGGUCAAAUAGUUAAUGCCUUAUCUGCAAAUAACCACAUGGUAUGGCUGUGAAUUGGUUGAAGUGGCACUAUUUCCUAUUUGAUCACUAAAUGAGUACGUGCAGUGGCUUAAAAAUAUUGUUACUAAGUGAUUUGGAAGUUUCAGAUCAUGUUUCAAAAGCUGCAAUGCUGUACUUAAAUUCUAUUUCUGAGUAAUUAUUUCAUUGUUCCCUCCAUUCUAGGGUGUAGUUGAAGUUACAGUAGCAUGGAAUGUUGAAGAUGUGAUGGAUGUCCAGGUUGGGUUUUGCCAAGAGAUUCUUUCAGGCCAGUAAGGCAGCUGACAGUCAUGUCUGUUGUUUAUUUCAUUAAAUCAGCAUCAUUUAUAAAUCACUUAGCAUAUUACAGUUUGCAAACAAGAAAGGUGCUCGUCAGUUUCACAUUAUUGUAAUCAUUGUCCAUCUGUCACCGUUUGUGCAUAAUCAGCAACAUUAAAGAUCACAGUGAAAGAA